AUGUCAAUUUGCUCAUCAUUCUCUAUAGCAGUAUCCGAUAGAACCGUUUUCCUUCGUCCAUUCCGGGUCAGCAAGAUGCACUGGGUAACCUCAGGUCUCCUUGGGGUGGCACUUUUGCAACGUGCUGAGGCAGGCUGGCACGAACACUUUGGCAGGGAUAUAGGAUAUGAAGAGCCACGGGGUGGCUUUCCAACAACGUCGGUGUACCCGGCAUACACCCACGGAAGCCCAUUGAAGCAGGAUGAGACGAUGACGUUCCAGGGGCCUGACUGGCUGGGACAGCAGGAAACUCUAAUGGAGGGAAACGGAGUAACAUCACUUACAGAACAUUAUUCUUUCCCUUCCCUUCAGCCUAGCUAUGAACCCCCAAGGCACCCUGGAAGUUCUCUGCUCUCUCUGGCGACAAUUUUGCGGCGGUCGAGCCCUCCUUUGCGUUCGGCUUUGCUGCGUAACUUCAUUUACUCCGUGGCACGUCUCAGGACGCGUCAUGUGGGUCUGGGUAGCAGCGUGAAGAAGGCCGACAGGCUGGCAAAGAAGAAGGAUAAGAAGAAACAGAAGCAUGGGGGGGCCGACAAGAACGAUCGGAAGGGCGCUACUGAGAGGCGUAUUGCAGCCUUGGCGUCCAAGUUCGCCGGUGUUAUUGGGGCUGCUGAAGGCGCUACUGAGUCGGAAAAGAAGCUGGCAAAGUUUCUGUUUGUCCCAUUCAGGAGGCUGGUACAGGAGACAGAGGAGCUUCUAUCGGACAUUGCAAUGAACGGCGAUGCGGAGGUGAUGAUCGUUGCUCUAGACCGGCUCGCUCCCCCGCUUGUACGAGGCUUGUCUUACCUAGAGGCCCCUCAGAGUGAAGGGGCAGCCGAGGUCCUGGAGCCGGCUCGGGAUCUUUUGCUAGAGAGGGCCAGGGAGUUGGACACUGUUCUGCUCGAGGCACAGGCUGACCCAGAGGGAGUAAUGCGUACAUAUACCAGGGACUUUACUGAGCAUGAAAUUGAAAGAGAAAAGCAGUUAGCAAUGACAGCCAUAGCUCUCAUUCCUCCUGUGGUGUCGCAUGAACAAGAAAAGAGCGGCAACCGAGGGGGUGCACACCGCCGCCGCCGGGGCAAAGAUAAGGGCGACUCAUCGGGGGGCCAAGGAGGCAACGGUGCAGAUUCAGCUGCGGGGGGUGGGAGUGGGAGACCACCACUUGAAGAAACCCUCGUGAGGCAUCGCGACUGGAUUCGGGAACAGCGGCACGCAUUUUCCCAAACCGUUCCUGAGCACACUGGUCUAUUCGAACAUCCAGUUUCUCCUGGGCCCUAUACGGGGGGUCAUUUCGUACACGAGCCGGGUUCUCCUCUUACACCCCAUCCGUUUCCACCGCACUACACGGAGCCAUAUAAUGUUCAUUUUCCGCCUCCUGGUCCUUCUGCUCCCCCCAUGGGGCCUCCAUUCCAAAGAAUUGUUGUUCAUCCUCCACCGCCACCAUAUGAGGAGGCUAUGAGGCCUGAGCAAACUCCACAGUGA